GGGGAUCUUUUUAAGUUGAAGCUGUAUAAUUUCAUUUGAUUUUGGUUUAUUGUCUGAGUGUAAGGCUGGCUUUCGCCAAACUUCGCUUUUGUUUAUCAACGAGCGUCGUGUAGGGCAGACGACAUAAAUGCAAACAAUCUUGUCUACAGUGUUUCGUGUAUUUUUGUUAACUUAUUUCUGCUAUCAAUAGUCCCAUUUCGACAAUUUUGAGAAAUAUUGAAAUUAAUUUUAUAAAGAAAAUGAAAGGUGUCAUAUUUGUUUUUGUAUUUUACGCUGCCACUGUGAUCCUACAGACCUCUACAGAAGUAGUAUAUCCAGAACCUAUUCUAUUGGAAAAGGAGAAGUCAAACGCGGCAGGUCGCAUUCCGCAUUACUCUCCAUCGCGCUGUAAGUCUAAUGAGCUGCUUUAUCCCGGAGAUCAUGAUGAUGACUGGAUUUGCGAUUGUGCACCAGCUGCAUUGUACUAUCCCGACUCGGAUUCCUGUCAUUCCGCCUUCCGGCGUGGUCCCUGUGAAGCCGAGUACAUGCUCGUUUUAGCACCCAAUGCAGUUUUACCCCAAUGCAUAAAGAAUACGUGUAAAGUAGAUGGAUUGGUUAAAAUUAAUAAUGUCUGCUAUGAGAUUGGCAGUUCUGGGCCAUGUCAAAAUGCUCAUUUGUCGUACGUGUUGGGUGUUAAUACGACGACAUUGUUGUUAGAUUGCAUUAAGUUGUCGAUUUCUGUGAGGACGCGCGUCAGCCUGCUGGGUGAUGAUGAACCGGAUUAUGAUCUGAGCAAAGUUGAUUUGUGUGCACGUGGCUCGCAACGGUCGAUAGAAGGCACUUGUACGCACAGCGUUAAAACAAAAUGAAAUCCUGAUAGAAUGCCACGAACUUACAAUAAUAGUUUAUAGUUACUUGAUGCAUUAUUGAAAUUUAUCUUAACAUUAAUUUCAAUUAUGCAUAAUUUACUUUAGUUACAACUAUAGUAUGAGUUUCAAUAUGACUUUAACGGUGUUAAUUUGACACUGCAACGUUA